CAGAAGAGGAAGAGGAGGGGGCUGGGGGCGCUCCAGUGAGUGGAAAAAGAAAAAGUGUGCGCCGGAGAAAGCAGCGCGCAGAAAGAGGAGUUGGCUUGGCUACUUUUGUUUCGCCGAGCAGCGCCGCCGUUUGGGUCGCGGGCGUGGAAAAGAGAAACCGAAAAGGAGGAGGAGGCGGAGGAGGAUGACGAUGAUGUGGAGGACAAGUGGACCACGCGACGUCGUUCCCACAAGCCGACUCAAAGUGUAGCCUCUUCGCCACUUCUUCGCCAUUCCUUCGCUCCCGUCAAGCGAGCCCUCAACACCCGCCGCACCCCCCCCUACCCCCCAACUUCGGCCUGCCUACCGGAUUCCCCCUACGGAGACACGGGGCAACUUUCUCCCCCACAUGAAAAAAAAAAAUUCAACGCGGCUCGUAAAAGUUUUGCAGCGGUGAGCAUAAAGUCAGCCAAAUUGGUCCAAGUGGGGAUCGAGAGUGAAAGAACCCAAGGAACUUUGUGUCGGGGCUACUCUGUGUGAAAGAACACAGGAGGAUCGAAAGGCUAACGCGGCUAACGAGCUAAACCCAAGGGAAAAGUUAGCACUCGACGGGAAAAGUCAACCAAGAAGCCCGCCGACGAUCGCAAUGAAGACCCCGGGGGACCCGGGGUUCGCCUUCCCCGAGUGGGCCUACAAGCCUGAGUCGAGCCCGGGAUCACGGCAGAUCCAGCUGUGGCACUUCAUCCUAGAACUGUUGCGCAAGGAGGAGUACCACGACGUCAUCGCCUGGCAGGGCGACUACGGCGAGUUUGUCAUCAAGGACCCGGACGAGGUGGCCCGCCUGUGGGGUGCCCGCAAGUGCAAGCCGCAGAUGAACUACGACAAGCUGAGCCGCGCCCUCAGGUACUACUACAACAAGAGGAUCCUCCACAAGACCAAAGGCAAGCGCUUCACCUACAAGUUCAACUUCAACAAACUGGUGCUGGUCAACUACCCCUUCAUCGACAUGGGCUCAGGUCGCGGCGUCCCUCAGAGCGCCCCACCCAUCCCGAGCGGGGGCACCCACUUCCGCUUCCCCCCCUCAACGCCAUCGGACGUGCUGUCGUCCAGCGAGGAGCUUCGCAGUCCGGGCGUGUUCAGCAACGUGGCGCGUCGCAUGGCCCGCGGCUCUGUCAGCGACUGCAGCGACGGCACCUCCACCAACUCUGAGCUCGAGGAGGCGGUGGGGGCCGAAGAGCGGGGCGCGGGGCCCGAUAGGGCUUUCCGAGGGCUCCUCCCACCCCGCCUGUCUCACGAGUCUCUCUUCAGGCUCUACGGUGGCGGGCCUAACCCGGCGGGGUUACCCAGACCUCAUAGGGUCCACCCAGAGCCUCUUUCUCCCUUCCCCGUGUCCCCUCUGCCAGGCCCUGGGGGGCUGCUGGCGCCGACUCUGUCCCCGGCCCUCUCCAUGACCCCCACCCCACACCUGCCUUACACGCCCUCCCCGUCCCUCCCCUCCCCCAUGAUGGGCUCCCACUUCUCCUUCAACCCGGAGGACAUGAAGCACUACCUUCAGGCCCACACCCAGUCUGUCUACAACUACCACCUCAGCCCCCGCGCCUUCCUCCACUACCCCAACAUCGUUAUCCCGCAGCCCCACCGCCCCACCCCGGAGAAGCCAGCCCCCCACCAUCUUCACGCCGCGUCCCUGGCACUCUCCCAUUCGCUGGGAGGGCAGCCGGGGGGCAGCGCGGGUGAGGAGGCCUUCAAGUUUAAGCUGCAGCCGCCACCUCUCGGACGCAAACAGAGGGAGGCGGGAAGCUCGCCGGCGGCGGCGUCCUCCUCCUCCUCGGCGGCCGGACAGUCCUCCUUGUUCACGGCUGCGCCCAAGAUCAAGGUGGAACCCAUAUCCGACAUUGAGUCAGAGGAGGAAGUGGAAGUGACCGACAUCAGCGAGGAAGAUGAGCUGAACCCCGAAGAUGAUGACAUCUUUGCACCCGUACCCAAUCAUCAGCUCCACAAUCAAUUAAAGGCCAGUGGUAGCCCCCCCACCCCCUACCUGCAGCCGCCCUCUCACCCCGACGACAACCCGGGCCCGGACUACGAUGACGAGGAAGAAGUCUUCAAGACUCCGGCCACUCCGCCUCUCAGCGCGGGCCACUCGGCAUUCCCGCUGCUCAGUCUGAAGACGGAGCCGGCCCCGGCGGCCUCCGCUGUCACCCGCUGCAUUCCGCUCAAGCUGCGCUUCAAGCGGCGCUGGAGCGAGGACCAGAAAAUGGAGGCGGACGGCGAGCGGGACGAGGCCGAAGACAAAAAGGUGAGAGCUGAGGGACGCGAGGAGGUAGAGGAGAGGGAGGGCUCGGUAGACAACGAGGGAGGACGGGGUCUGAUUUUGGGCUUGAUGAUGCCCCCGCCGCCCACCCAGCGCAGAGCCAGCUCAGAGCUGCAGAGAGCCACUGCCCAGUUGUCUCUGGAGAACGCCAGCUGCUGAGACACCAAGGCUACAAGUCAUGACGGGAACAGCUUCUCUCUUUUUUUUUUUUUUUAAAUUGUGGCCAUUUAGACAAACUGGGUUCAAGAUGCUAAUUUGUGGCCAUGAAAUAUUUAUAACCUACGCACAAAAUACAUGAUGGGUUUCGUAUCAUUCCCGUGUAAGUUAAGAGAUCAGAGCUGGCCGUUUGAGGGAAUUUGCCCCUAAAAUGGUCGCUUUUGACCAAAAUGGCCGACUUCCUGUGUGUUUUCAGGCUUGGCAACUUGAGACUUUUCAGCGGGUCUACUCAUAAUAAUCAUGCUUCCCAAACUGGUUUCGGGGGGCUGACAACUGCAAUCUACAAUACGGCUCGUGGCACCAUUUGCCCGCUUAACUGUACUAUUAUCAUUUAUUUAUUAUCUUUUUUUUUUUUCUGCCCACACACCUAAUUAAUAAGAGUGCUUGUUUAAGCGAUGCUUUUUUUGGGCCGCCCCAACUAUUAAUGCAGAAAAAUGGCAGUUGUCCAUUAUAGGUGAAAGCAUUUCUUGACCACAAAUUAGCAUUUUGUUUGUAUGUUAUAUCAAUAUUAUGGCCACGAUUUUUAGGUGUGGGGGGGGGGGGGGGCUAUCAUGUCUUUGUUCAAACACUCCAAGGACAACAAGUUUGAUUUUGUACCACCAUUUGACUUUGAUUGGCUGAGAAGAAAACAUCAUUGGACUGAAUGGAAUCACCAUUUUGGGGGCCUUUGGCAAGCUUUCCAUUUUGUUGACUUGCCAGAAGUGCCUCACUACGGUUUACAAGCCGGCUUCCAGACUAAAGCAAGAUCCCGGGCGUCGUGGCCGGGAACAUUCCGGACGCUACGGAUCUGUUUCUUCCUGGACGGGGGCACGUUUGUGCGCUUUCAGGAAAUGACUCAGACUUGCUGCCAGCCGGCCUUGUUGAGCUGACGGGGCGGACAUUUUGUCCCUUCAGCUUACGAAAAAACGUAAGCGUUUUUGAAGCUUUGGCGAAUCCUGUCGUCAUUCCCGUCGUUUCGAAAGACUCCCAGCUUAGCGUGUUGCGGUGUUUUGGGGGCAUUUUGUUUCUCCGAGCCAAAAAGCCAAACGCUUAUUUUUUUAUUUUUUUUUUAUUGGCAACAAGCGCAGUUGAUGGACGUCGUUUUCUUUGAAGCGCUGAAUGAAUGUCAAAAAGCAAAACUCAGGCAGAGAGCUUAUUUUUCUUGACUUAACAAAUCUAUUUUACCAAUUUAAACCAAUUUAAAUCCAAACAAGUGUGCCUUUCGAAGCACCACAUACCGACAUGCCUUCUGUUUUUAAACAUCAAACUACACACAGCUAUAUAUAUUUUAGUCACAAAAAGAACCCAAUAGUUAUAUUUCAAGAUUGUCGUUUGAUACAAAUCGGGAAACUAAAACCUAUUUUUCAUGCUGAAGAUGUAUGUGUGUGUAUAUAUAAAUACAAUAUAUAUAUUCUAUAUAACGCCCAGUGUAUUACCACGCCUUUGCCUUCUCCUGCUGCCCUUAGAGUUUAUAUUUAUAUUGAAAAAUAUGAAAGAAGCAACAGUCAGGGCCCACGGUAACAUGACAACAACACACAGAAUGGCGCAUACAAAGAUGGUGCCACACUCUGAUUGGCUGUGACAUCAAUUGUUGACACACAUGCACACACACACACACACACACACACACGCAGUGUGAGAUGACAUCACAGUCAUCGCUAUAGAAACGACACACGCCCUUUCCACAAACACUCACAGGAAAUGACAUCACUAAACCUCAGCGCCGAGUGGAAAGCGCGGGACUUCCCAUAUAAUAACUCGUUCGGUGUGUAUGUGCGUGUUUGCCUGUCUGAGUGCAAACGCGUGCUUGUGUCAAUUAGUUUCCGCAGUUCCACAUCGAAAGCUUGCUGCGGUCUUGCACAUUUUUGUCAUCUUGGCCAGAGAACGCGCUAUUUUGACUCUUAAAUUUAAUUUAAAACAAAGUUGACAAAACCUCAUCCAUUUUUAUUUUACUUUAAGUAGCACUUCGUGCUACCUGUCUGCUCACGAAAACAUCACAACAACCCCCCCCUUCCUCCACACAUGCAUAUCUUACUGUUACUAUUGUAAUGAUAUUGUAUCGUAAUAUUAACCAGCUUAUUUCGUACGUACUCUUGCUCAGAUGCUUUUUGCUUUUUUUUUUUUUCUGUGAAUGAUUCUCUUUUGUUACCAUUUGCACUCUUUCUUUCUAGUGGACCUUUGUUGUUGUUUUUUUUUUUUUACUCUUUUUAUUUUUUUUAUUUUUACCACCAACGUGUAACCCAGGAAACUAUGGUUUUCCCUUAUUUUUUUAAUUACUAUUAAUGCGGUGUGUGUGUAUAUAUAUAUUUUUUUCCAUCUUUGGAGGAUUCUGUAAGAAAAAAUGUGUUUAAAAAAAAAAAAAAAAAGAGCAUUGUAAUGUUUAACUGUUGUUAUUCCAGGCGUCUCCUCAGCUGUCAACAUGAUUGGCGGCUUCGUGGAGGACGGGGAGACAACCGCUCAAUGUUUCUCUUUUUAUGUGUUCAUCUUCACGUGUAAUUAAAACAAUAAUCAGGGUUCAUUAAUAAAAUGUCAAAAUUGGUUUUUA